AUGUCCUCACUUAUGGAGCCAUACAUAUCCGAAGGCACAGUGACUGAUGUAGCUUUAAAUAGUCCACCGAACGGAAAGCACGACCGCGCAACAAAGACAGAAGACGCGGCACAUUUCAAGCUUACAGACGAAGUUGAAACAAGCUACGAUCAUAAUUCAGGGCGAACAAUAAAGAGAGCUAUUGAUCUCGCCCUCGACAGAGAACAGAACAUGCUACCGGCGGGCAUAAAUCUCUAUUAUUGCCGCAGCAAGCUUACAUCGGGCUGUUUCAGGUGCUCCAACCGGAUCCUGCUACGAGCUCACGACUCGUGGGUUUUUUCGCCCGACGCACCGCAGCCCCCGGGCGGCUGGUGCCAUAAA